CAUAUUUUGUUAAGUCGAUUUUUCUCUUCCACCCUUUGAAGUGAUAACAUAUAACCAGCGUCAAUUCCAAGUACGCCGGCAAAACAAUCGGAUAACGGAGAUGGUGGAAUCAGUAUCACCGCCUUCCGCCACCGAUUCUCUUCAACCACAAACCUCCGCUUCCCACCGGUUCUUGCAGCGACCACCAAUCAGAUUCACAACCGAAUUCGAUAGCGACACAUCUCUUUUCUUCAACAAGCUAUCCUGCAAGCUGUUCGACAAUCUUGCCAAAUUCAAACUCUGCUUCCAAAACAACAACAAAGGACAUGUCUCUAACCCUCAGUUAACCUUCACCACUAAACACCUAACCUGUCAGUACGACCUCGAAGAACACAAUGCUCUUCUCAACAGCUCUCUCGAGAUUGCGCCUGGUUUACAGCUCACUGCUGUUCACGAUGUUAAGGCGCAAGUAGGACAAAUGACAAUGGUUGCUGAUCUUGCUCCUUCUUACACACUCCAAUUGACUUCUCCUCUUCCAUCUGCUGGUUUGCCAAAAGCAACUUUAAGAUUUCCCUAUGGUGAAGUGUCAUUAGAAGAGAACGAGGAUCAUGAAGAGGAGGAUGCAGCUCCAAAGUUGUCAGUUAGUGGAAUUUUCAAAGGUCAAGUUCUUAAUGGCAUCUGCAAUGCUCAAUAUGGAGAUGAUAAUUUGAAUCUCAGAUACUCCUACAAGGAUGAAGAAACAACAUUCAUCCCAAGCAUUUCUCUCCCUUCAAAUGCAUUAUCCUUCUCCUUCAAGCGUCGUUUUACUCCUUCUGAUAAGUUAAGCUACUUAUAUAACUUUGAUACGAAUUACUGGAGUGCUGUUUAUAAACACACGGUUGGAAAGGAGUAUAAAGUCAAAGCUGGUUAUGACUCAGAAGUGCGAUUAGGUUGGGCAUCUUUGUGGGUUGGUGAUGAAGAUGGGAAAGCAAAAACAGCACCAAUGAAGAUGAAGGUGCAGAUGAUGCUGCAAGUGCCACAAGAUGAUGUGAAGUCAUCAGCAUUGAUGUUUCGUGUGAAGAAGAGGUGGGACAUUUGAAUGAAAUUUCAUGUGUUGUUUGUUUGUAUUUUUGUUUAGAUAUGUUUAAAGGAAAUUUCAAAGCUA